AUGUCGGCUGAAAACAAGGAAACACAGGACACGGAAGUGCCACAAAUUCUACCGUUAGAACUUAUUGAUAAGAGCAUUGGUACAAAAAUAUGGGCAAUCAUGUCUGAUUUUCACGAAUUCGUGGGGACCUUAGAAGGAUUCGAUGAUUUCGUUAAUAUAGUGUUGAGUGAUGUGACAGAGUAUGACGUUUCGAAAAAAGUGGUGUCAAAAAAAUCUAAGAUGCUUCUAUCAUCGAGGAAUCUUGCAAUGCUUGUUCCAGGAGGAGACGGACCGGAUUUUUAG